UACAGUAAAGUUUAGCCUUCAAUCUUCACAGCUGUGAUGCAUUCAGUGUCUGUGGUUAAACUCAGUGUUUUUUUCAGGUGGUCUCACUGCCCUUGCUGCCCGCUGUGCUGGUUUUUAAAGAUAGAACCUUCUUCACCUUCGACGAGGAAGUCGACGGAGAUCUGAAGUCAUGGAUCAACAGAGAACGUUUUCCAUACUACUUAAAGAUUGACAGCUACACCCUGUACGCCAUGGGUGAGACAGGUAAACUAGUGGUGUUGGUGCUGGUGGAGAAAAGGCCAUGUGACAAAAGUCUGAGGUAUAAAACUCUCCUGGAGAAAGUGGCUGCAGAUUACAGAGAGACCUACAGCAGGUCCUUCUAUUUUGGUUUCAUGGAGGACUCUAAUUACAUUAAUGGACUUGUGAUGGAUGAUGUCAUUGUUCCCUCCUUCGUCGUUGUAAAUCUGUCCAAUGACGGAUACUUCCUGCCACUUGUCGCUGUGGAAACAGAGCGUCACCUGCUGGACUUCUUGGACGGGGUUCUGGACGGCAGCGUCCAGGCUCUGGGAGGAAACAGCGUUUAUCAACGCAUCAGACGAGCUGUUCAUGGUGUUAAGACCACACUGCAGCCUGUGUUCACACAGGCGCCGCUGCUGGUCUGCGUCCUGGUGGGCAUUCUGCUCACCCUCCCCGCCGUCUUCUGCUACCUGUGCCUGAAGAAACGACCCACCAUUUUUCUGCUCUUGUCCAGUUACAAAGUUCUGUUCUGGUCCAGUUACAAAGUUCUGUUCUGGUCCAGUUCUGCUCUGGUCCAGUUACAAAGUUCUGCUCUGGUCCAGUUACAAAGUUCUGUUCUGGUCCAGUAA